UCUUUUAACUGGUGCAGGUGCAGCUAAAGUCGCUGCCUGCUGCUCAGUGUCUGAAGAGCUUCUGGUGUAAGAGAUGAGUGACUCGCUGGAGAGGACGACAGACUGUCCUUUACCGCUUCUGGCAGAUGACAGCAGCCCAGAUGAGGGGAGAAACAGUCUGACAGGCUCUAGCGAGGUGCGCUGGGAAGAUGGAGGUCUACCUAUGGAGCUACAGAGAGGGAUGGAGAACUUACGAGUGAACAGAGAGCUGACCGACGUGGUGCUGCGUGUCCAGGGACAGGACUUCCCUUGUCACAGAGCCAUACUCGCUGCAGCCAGCCAGUACUUCAGGGCCAUGUUUUGCAGUGGUCUGAAGGAGAGUCAUGAGGAGUGUGUGGAAAUAAAGGGGGUGGACAGUGGGACAAUGCACUCUCUCCUGGAGUACACCUACACCAGCCGGGCCCUGCUAACACACUCAAAUGUCCAGAGAAUACUCGAGGCUGCCAGUCAGUUUCAGUUCCUGCGUGUGGUGGAUGCAUGUGCUGGCUUUCUGAGCAAAUCUCUGCACCUAGAGAGUUGUGUCGGGAUCUUGAAUCUUGCUGAAAGCCAUGCUUUGUCAACUUUGAAGACCGGGGCUCAGGACUACAUCACUACUCAGUUCUCCCAGGUGGUCCAGCAGCAGGACUUCCUGGAGCUCCCUGCAGAGUCGCUGGAGGCUGUCCUGCAGAGGGAUGACCUUGAUGUGAAGUGUGAGGAGUGUGUUUUUGAAGCACUCAUGCUCUGGGUGAGAGCACGGCAGGAUGAACGCUCACCUUCACUGGCCAGGUUGCUUUCACAUGUGCGACUGCCACUGCUGGAGCCUGCAUACUUUGUGGAAAAAGUGGAGUCGGAUGAACUAAUACGCCGCUGCAGUGAGGCUUUCCACUUGCUGCAAGAGGCCCGCAUAUAUCACCUCUCCGGCAGGGAGGUGGUCUCUGAACGAACCAAACCCCGAGUGCAGCACUUUCUGUCAGAGGUGUUCCUGAUCAUUGGAGGCUGCACUAAAGAUGAACGCUUCAUUUCCACUGUCACCUGUUUGGACCCCCUCAGACGCAGCAGGCUGGAGGUCGCCAGGCUGCCAAUCACAGAGAUGGAGGACGAAUCCCAAAACAGAAAAUGGGUGGAGUUUGCAUGCAUCACCUUCCGCAAUGAAGUGUACAUAUCUGGCGGUAAAGAGACACAGCAUGAUGUUUGGAAAUAUAACGGUGCACUGGACAAGUGGAUCCAGAUCGAGCCCCUGACGACUGGACGCUGGAGACACAAGAUGGCUGUUCAUGGGGGGAAGGUGUAUGCACUGGGGGGAUUUGAUGGAGCUCAGAGACUUGAUAGCGUUGAGGCCUAUGAUCCCUUCCACAAUCGCUGGGCACAGGUGACACCUCUUGGAGUAGGUGUGAGCUCCUUUGCUGCAGCAAGCUUUGACAGAUGGAUCUACGUGAUCGGUGGUGGGCCCAAUGGAAAAUUGGCAACUGAUAAGGUUCAGUGCUGGGAACCUGGAUCAGACUGCUGGGAGCUGCGGGCGCCCAUUCCCAUUGAAACCAAAUGCACUAAUGCAGUCACAUUCAAGAACUGCAUCUAUAUAGUGGGUGGUGCCAUGCAUGCUAUGUACUGCUACUCGCCUCUGUCAGACUCCUGGUCCCUUGUGACUCGUCUAGGAGAAAGGGCGAGCUGCGCCCUCGCCGCAUGUAACAACAAACUCUUCAUCACUGGGGGACGGGACAACAAGAACCAAGUCAUCUCCACAGUGAUGUGCUGGGAUGUUACCCGAGGGGUGUUGACAGAGGAGUGUGUUUUACCAAUGGGAGUGUCGCACCAUGGCAGUGUGACACUCAUGAAGUCCUACACACACAUACACAGAAUAACACCGGAGUGCCAAUGACACAGACUUCUGCGAACAGGACACUAUUGUAGUUGAGAGGAUGGGUGAAAAGGAGAAGUGAUGAGCAAGGAGAUACUUAUUCUGUGAUGAUCAUUAAAUGUAAUUUAAUGUCACUUUGAAAUAUUACGAGUUUUAAUCUUUCAUGGUAUAAUGUUACAUUGCAGCUGGAAUUGUUCAAACUUUAUUUGUUACAGAUACAAAAUGAAUGUACAACAGUAAUAAAAAAUGAA